AUGCCAUCACCAAGAACAAGACCUAUCGAGAAAUUUGCAAAAGCCACGUCAAAAUGCUCUGCAGAGGCAGCGGCAUAUGGCAAGUGCAUUGUUGCUGACUACAAUUCCGUCCAUAAGGACAUGUGUGCUAAAGAGUUCAUGAAGCUCAAAGACUGCUUCCUGGCAGCGUCGAAGAAGGUUUGA